GUGGUAAACACCGGUCCAUUUGUUGUGCAAAAAUGUGUAAAAAGCCACCAAGUGUAUUGUUUAAAAUAUAGAUUCCUGUAUUGCCGAUGUAUUUUUUCUAACCACACUUCUUUGUUACAAAAAAUAUUUUGAAAUUUGAAAAUAAAAAUGUCGAAAGUACGGGAAACACUUAUUACAAACUGUGAACGAAAGUUUUUGAUGAAAUGCUUGUCGGAGUGGAGGAGGUUAGAUGGUCGAAGUUUUGACGAGUUCAGGCCACUAGAGCUGAAAUUUGGCAAACAGUGGGGUUCCUGUUACGUUUCUCUCGGCAACACAAAAGUUUUAGCUCAAACAUCAUGCGAAAUCCAACAACCCAAGUCUUCACGACCUAGUGAAGGAAUUCUAAACAUAAAUAUCGAGUUGAACCCACUGGCAGCCCCUCAUUUCGAAGCGGGCAGACAGUCGGAAUUGUCAGUGCAGUUGAACCGACUUUUGGAAAAAUGUGUUAAAGAUUCUAAAGCUGUUGAUUUGGAAUCAUUGUGCAUUAAAACCAACGAAAAAGUAUGGGCUUUGAAGGUGGAUAUUAAUGUUUUAAACCAUGAGGGGAAUAUUCUGGACUGCGCCUCGAUCGCCAUGUUGGCUUCUUUGACUCAUUUUAGGCGCCCCGAUGUCACUUGUGAUGGCGAAGAAUUCAUCAUUCACAGUUACCAACAAAGGGACCCCAUUCCUACGGUUAUACACCACUAUCCAGUCUGCAUAACAUACGCUAUUUUUAAUGGAGGGGAGUAUAUUCUUGCGGACCCGUCACUACUUGAGGAAGGUUCCGCAGAUGCAAUGCUAACAAUAGGCCUCAACGGCUUUAAAGAACUGUGUGCCCUACAUUUAGGGGGAAAAGCUGAACUUGCACCAAGUAUUAUCCUGAGUACAGUUUCUAAAGCCACAUCUCGAGCUACUGUUGUGAUAGAAGAAAUAAAAAAAUCAGUUAAGGCCGAUACUGAACAAAGGCAAGAGAAGGCUUCGGUAGGCUUUCAUACUGAAGAUAAUUUCAAAACAACUCUAGUCUUUGGCCAGAGCCUUGAUACAUGGCAUACGAAUAAAAAGAAAAGAAAUAAAAAACAUAAAAAAGCACAGCCACAAUCCCAGAAUACGGUCGUUAUUGACAAAGGGUCAGUGGAACAUGUGCCUCAGACCGAAAACAAGAAAGAAGUCUGGGACGUUGAUAAUAACAGUGACGAUGACUUAAUAAUAGUCGAAAAACCUAAAGUUCAAAUCGAACUCCUAACAGACAGUGAGGAAGACGAUGUGGUGAUACUAGGGCCUGUCAAAAAUAAAAAAUAACUUGUGGUUUUUUAUUAAAUGCAUUUUUUUCUUAAAGUGUAAUAAUUUAAUAAAACUUCUAAGGACCUAA